CUCCCUAGAAACUCCUGGUAUAACAGCCAGUAUAUUUGCUCCUUUUUUUUCUUUUUUUGGGGGGGCAUAAUGAACUGUUGUCAUUUAUUGCUGUUCUAAAUAUCAGCUUUGAUAUUUUUCCCUUUCUUUUCCCUCUUUUUUUUUCUUUUUAAUUGUGUAGAUUUCAGAUGUAGCUACGCCUUUUUUGCCUGACAUGCCCGUCACAGUCAGGCCAUCAAAUCAUGGGUCGACAUCCUGGGCAGGUCGCCAAUAUCGACUCGCAUCGUCGCCCGAGAUCUUGCUGCAUUACACGCUGACCGACGACACGCGCACCAGCCCGCCGCGGGCUAGACAGUUGGUACAGAGUUCGUUUGCGGGGCUUGAGAGGAAGGAUAACGUCUUCGCUACCAAGAAUGGAUUUGUUCAUGCGUGCGUGGAUGCGUAUAAUGAGCAUCACUGCCUGGUGAUAAGGCCGGAGGAUGUCUGGUUCGCCAUCCUAACGCAGUUUUGCUCCUACGUUAACGGGCAUGCGGAGGAGCUGCGCAAGCGAUUCUGCACCCACGAGGGCCAACAGGAGUUACAUAUCGACGCCGAUCUAGACGGCGCCGACCAUGGUAAAUUGGCGUAUAUAAUGACCAAAGUGUUAGGCGAAAGACUGCGGGACGAGAACCUGCAACAAUGGAUCCUCCCGGCUUUCACGACUACGACUAAGAUAGACCAGGCUGUCGCCAGCAUCAUCUUCAUGGGCACGAUGCAGAAGUAUUUCACGUACAGUUGGGGAACGCGAUGCGGAAUACCGUCCGUAACCUUACUUGGUGAGGAGAGCGAUUGGAUCAAGAUCCGGGAGCGUGUUGAACGGCUGGAGACUUUAGGCUCGGAACCGUCCCGGUGGCUCCGACUACUUAGACCUAUCUUGGAUGGUUUUGUUGCCAGUUUCGGAGACCCGGAGAGCUCGGCCACAAGAAGGUUCUGGCAGGGCAUCUGCAACGAACAGGUACCUAACGGCAGCGGCACUACGACUUACUCGGGAUGGAUUACAUCGUUCUGCUUCUGGGACGAGAGCGGCAGAUGUCUACACGGAGCAAAACCGGGGCAGGAGGUUAGAUUGACGAGGAGCCAGAUGCCGAGCGGGUUCAGCAGAGUGCCGGUGACGCUGCUGAAGGACGGCGUCGAGAUCCCGACCGAGAUGGUGGCCGGGUCGAUGGCGAUACGAGCAUUUCGGUGCAAAGAUGUAAUCAGCAACAACGCGGGCGCGGGUGGCAAACCGCAGAUGCGCCGGAGUGCCGGAAAUGAUACGAUACAGCCCGAAGUCGGAUGGUUUAUGUAUAAGACAUGACAUGACACCACGACCCUGCUACCUAGGGGGCUAGGGGAUAUGGUAGUAUCUACUACUACUACGUAUAACUAAUGGUAAGUUAUAAACCUCGUAUAUGCCUUGAGAGAAUUAAGAGACUACCUAACAUCAUCCACUUUUUU